AUGUCAAACCAACAUCAACCACCCAGCAAUGGGGGCAGAUCAAUUGCUGGGGAUAAUAAUGAUCUAUCGCCUUUAUCCACGGGAAUCAAUUCCACCCCAGAAACCUUCAGUGACUCGACGUCUGAUUCAACCAUCAUCUUUGACACCACCAACCAUCCUGGAAUAGACACAAUGAUCACUACGUCUCCUGAGCGAAUUGGAGUUGCCAAUAAUGCUCAUAAUUCAAAGAAACCAAGUACCGGACUGGACGAGACGGGAUCGGGGAAAUACGCCCCCCACAAAGCGUUGAGAAGUUCCAUCAGGAAAACCGCUUCCCAUUUGUUUCUACGAGGUAAAGCUGAAACCGAUGAGAUUAGUGAGAAUCUCGAAUCUCAAAAGAGUCCAAUCAGUCCAAUAAUGAGGGACGUGGGUGAAGAUUCAUCAGAUCAACAACCACCAGCAAUAACCGAUCAAGAGCAGCAGCACCAUUAUACCUUACUUGGCCAGUCUCAUUUACAUCAGCAUUUACAUCAGCAUUUACAACAGCAUCAUUUACAACAACCUCACUUACUCAGAGGUCAACAACUUUUCCAUAAUCAUCAGCAACAUCCGGAAACUGACGCGCAGCUACCGCAGCAAAAUUCUCUAACUGCUGAUGCUCAUGAUGAUCAAAAAACGUUAAUGGGUGGGAUACCCAAGAAUUACAAAGGGUUCCAUGCCCCACGAUCUCCUAUUGUUAAUACCCCUCCGUUCAAAUCACCAGUGAAACCAUCUUACAAGAAAACUUCUAGAAAGAAAGGAUCAUUAUUCAACAAGUUUAUCAGUUCGAGAAAAGCUUCAGAAUCAAGCAAUGAUUCAUACAAUGAUGGAGACCACGGGCUUAUAAUUCAUACUACCGGAGAAUCGACAAAACCUCCAUCCAUCAGCCCGUCAAAACUACUGUUCGAUCACCAUCAUAACGAAGAUGAUGAGGUUCCUUAUAAAGCUCGACAAAAUUCAAACUCGUCAGCAGUAAGUAGCCGAAGCCACCAUCUUUCAAGGAAAGGGAUUUUCAAUUUAUAUCCUUCGAGUAGAUUGAAAUCAAUCUCUUCAGAAAGAAGCGUUUCAUCGGUGAGCAACGUGUCGGAUCAAACCGCCCCCACCAGUAUUGUCAAUGGCGGUUCCAAACCAACCUCGUUUUUCGAUAUCGAACUAAAUUUGGAUAGUGAGAGCAUGGCAGGGGUGGUGAAUUCCGAAUUCUCUUCGAAUGACGUAUCGGCAAGAAAUUCCAUCAGCUCCCCAAGAUCCGCCACUUCCAAAGUUUCCCCACGCACCAACCCGUUAAGAUCGGCCAGUGUGGUAUCCAACAAUUUUCUCGAUAAUACCCUAUUAAACGAUUCUUCCGCUAACGGCCUUAAAGAUAAUCGUAAUUACAGCGUGGGCAAUGGUUCAACAUCAUCGACAAAAUGGACCGCUCCCGAAUCAUGGGCCGUCAAGCAAGACGUUGACAAGAUCAAUCAGCGGAAAAAUCAUCAUCAUCUUGAUAAACCAGGAAGUAAUGCUUUGGAACUAUCGCUCUAUGAUGACGAUGACGAAGAUGCCAACCGGUUCACUUAUACCGCUGCCUCUUCGUUAUUUAGAGCUUCGGGGAAACCGAUGCCCACCACCACCGCCAAAGUUCUGGAAAUUAAUAGGUCUCCAACAAGUUUAGACGAGUCAACCGAUCCGUUGAGUACUACUGGCACUGAGUUGAAUCAUGAUGGAUAUUAUCAUAAUAAACACCAAGCUCUGGUGAGCAAGCAGGCUAGUCCAAAGAAAGAACAUCAUAAGAAUGACGGAGUAUCCUUCCAAAAUUACGUCAUGAAACCAAAAUCACAUCCUCACGGUAAUUCCAGCAGUAAUAAUAAUACCGAACCAAAAUCCAAUCACGACAAGACAGACAUUGAAAGAAAUAAAUCAUUGAUUGUUAAUCAAUACCCAAUGUACCACCAAAAGGAUAAAAGCUUGCCUGAUAUGAUGAAAACUUUGAAAAGUAUGACCGGCAACUAUAUCUUGAGGGUGUUUAGGGAAGAUAAUACAUUCACUACGAUUUCUGCAUCGAUUGAUGCUACAGUUGCGGAAAUCCUCCUAAUUUGUAAAAAAAAAUUCUUCCUCCAAAGCGCGGUGAAUUUCCAAAUCGUGUUCAAAAUUGGCAAGUCUUCCAAGGUAUUGGAACCCGAAGACCGCCCACUACAAAUUCAAUGUUUUAUGUUAUUGUUGGCAGGGUAUGAUGAAAAACGCGAUGAUUUGAGUAUUGUUGGCAGAGAGGAUAUCACGUAUAUUUGCAAGUUUGUGCUAGAAAAUAACGAUUUUCAGCCAUUUGUCGAAGAAGACGAACAUUUGAAAACUACUAGAGAUUACGCCUCGGUGAAAUUGAUCAAUAUGGACCUCCAUGCCAUUCCGUUGGUGUUCUUCCAACAUACGUACGAAAUUGAGGAAUUGGACGUAUCGCAGAAUCCAUCGAUCAUGUUACCGGCAGAUUUCAUCAACAGUUGUAAUAACUUGCGGAAGAUUGCAUUUGCCAAUAAUCGGGCCAACCGAUUCCCACAUAGUUUGUUGGAAGCCAAAAAAUUGACCCGACUUAACGUGGAAAAUAACUUGAUCAGGACAAUCCCGGAAAAAUUGGGGUGUUUGGUAUACUUGACAAAAUUAUUUUUGAACGGCAACAAUAUCUCCAAAUUACCGAAAAGUAUUAGCAAUUUAAAAAACUUGAAAAUUUUGAACUUAUCGUCUAAUAAUUUUGAAAUUUUCCCUGAGCCCGUCACCGCUCUUGAUGAAUUGGUGGUAUUAGAUUUAAGUUUCAAUCAAAUCGAAACCAUUUCUCAAUCAAUUACCAAUUUGAAGAACUUGGAAGAAUUGAACAUGGCCACUAAUUGUUUAUCGGGAGUAUUACCUUCGUAUUUGUCAGAUCUACUAAAGGUUAAAGUGUUCUAUAUCCAAUACAACAAUAUCACCAACUUUGAUUGUGCCGGGUUGAUGAAGAAUUUGGAAGUGUUGUACGCUAGUAAAAAUAAUGUGUCCCGAUUCCAGUUCCAAGCAAGCAAUUUGCGAAUUUUCUUGUUUGAUAGAAACCCGGUGAUCGAAAUCCCCUUCAAUAACGUGCUGUUGAAUUGUUUGACCACGUUGAAUUUAUCCAAAGCGAAAUUAACCGCGUUCAACAACGACGAUUUAUCUAGUUUGAUCAACCUUGAAACGUUGUACCUUGAUAAAAAUGAUUUGACAUAUUUGCCAACGGAAAUUGGAUCGUUAAAGAAAUUGGUUUAUUUGUCGGCGUACUCGAAUAAUUUGCAAUCGAUCCCCAAUUCUAUUGGAGAAUUGAGAAACUUACGGUAUUUGGAUGUCCAUAGUAACAACAUCAAGGGUGUCCCUGACAGUAUUUGGAGCUGUUCGUUGACAAGAUUGAAUUUAUCAUCGAAUUUGUUGCAAAAUUUCCCAGCCCACCCAACUUCCAAUAAGUCAUCGAUGCCUUCAUCAAGAAUCAAUAGUAGAAAACCCUCGGUUAUUAGUGAUACUGCGGUAGGUAGCACGUCGUCGGUGGAUAGUUCUGGUUCGCUCAACAUGCAAAUUAUUCAGGAACAUCCGUUUAGAGAUCGGCUGAACUCAUUAACUCCGUUCAGUUACAGUGCUACAGGGUUGAUGCUUUCUGAUUUGGCCCUUAGUCUUCAAGUGUUGAGCGUCGCUGAUAAUAGAUUAACCGAUGAAUGUUUUGAACCGAUUUCGACGUUGUGUGGUUUGAAAACUUUGAAUUUGUCGUACAAUGAAUUGAUCGAGAUUCCUAAUGGGACAUUGAGAAGAUUGUGUCAAUUACACGAGUUGUAUUUAUCUGGUAACGAAUUGAGUAAUUUACCGGGAGAAGAUUUCGCUACUUUGAAGUAUUUGGAGGUGCUACAUAUCAAUGGGAACAAGAUCCAUUCGUUACCGUACGAUAUUUCCAAAUUAAGAACCUUGAGUGUGUUCGAUGUCGGGUCCAAUCACUUGAAAUACAAUAUUUCGAAUUUCCAUUACGAAUGGAAUUGGCAAUGGAACUUGGAAUUGCGGUACUUGAAUUUCUCCGGGAACAAGCGGUUAGAAAUUAGUCGUCAAUAUACCCAUACUGGCUACAACAAGGCGAUUGAUAAUAUCAAGUUCGAUAGUUUUAUGGGAUUGAAGAAAUUGCGAGUGUUGGGGUUGAUUGAUGUGACCCUCAAGAAUUCUGAGUCGUCAUUGCCCGAUGAAUCUAUUAACACCAGAGUGCGUACCACCGCGUCAGAAAUUUACAAUUACAAGUACGGGAUUGCCGAUACUUUAGGUCAACGAGAAAACAUCUCCACCAGGGAAAUCAUGUACAAUAAUUUCCGGGGCCACGAGGAUGAAUUAUUAAUUUGUUUGUUCGAUGGGAAAAACGAUGAUAUGAUCACCAAAAAACACGGUAACAAAAUCACUCAAUUGAUCCAAGAAGUGUUCAAGAACCUCUUCACCGAGGAAUUGCGCAAGAUGACGGGAGAUGACACUGUCGAGGAUUGUAUGAGACGGUCCUUUUUAGCAUUAAAUCGGGAAAUCAACAAUUACUGGCAACAAAAUAAUGAGGCGGCGAGCAAAGAAUCCAACGAUCCAUUCAGGCUCAGCGAAGAAGAUAUUUUGAGUGGUUGUUCCAUCACCAUAGUGUAUAUCAAGGGUCGGGAAUUGUACGCGGGCAACAUUGGGGAUAGUUCCGGGUUGAUUUCCAAAACCAACGGGGAACACGAAAUGCUCACUGACCGUCACGACCCAACGAAUCGUAAAGAAUUUGAAAGAAUUAGAUUAUGUGGUGGGUACGUUUCUGGUAAAGGGGAAUUGGACGGGGUCACUAAUGUGUCUAGGGCGGCAGGGUUUUUGAACUUGUUGCCUCAUAUUAAUGCCAGUCCAAACAUUAAGGCGGUUAAACUUGGUACCAGCGAUGAAAUGUUGGUGAUUGCCACUAGUGAGUUAUGGGAGUACGUUUCUAACGAGACUGCGGUGGACGUGAUCAACCAUAACCAGAGUAAGAAGGAUCCAAUGUGGGCGGCCCAACGGUUGAGAGAUUUUGCCAUUGCUUAUGGUGCCAGAGAUAAAAUGACGGUGAUUGUGUUGACGUUGGGUAAUAAGAAACGGGGCAAUCUCAGUCGUAAAACAGGGUCAAGAAUCAGUAUUACUGAAGAAUCGUUAUUACCGAUCAAGAAACGGAGAGACCGGUUGUUUGAUUCAAAUUUGAACCGGAUGGGAGAGGAAAUUUCUCCACCAGAAGGCUCGGUGGCCAUGGUGUUCACCGAUAUCAAGAACUCCACCUUGUUAUGGGACACUUAUCCUAGUGCCAUGAGAAGUGCGAUCAAAACCCAUAAUUUCAUCAUGAGAAGACUAUUGAGGAUCGUUGGCGGAUACGAGGUGAAAACCGAAGGAGAUGCGUUUAUGGUAUCUUUCCCAACCCCUAUUUCUGCUUUGAUAUGGUGUUGUAAUGUUCAAUUACAACUAUUAUCGAUGGAUUGGCCAUUGGAAAUCUUGGAAUCCAGUCAAUGUUGUGAGAUCAACGAUUCAAAGAAUGAGAUUAUUUACAGGGGGCUCUCGGUAAGAAUGGGGAUCCAUUGGGGGUCCCCGGUAUGCGAACCCGACGCCAUCACUGGAAGAAUGGACUAUUUUGGUCCGAUGGUCAACCGUGCCUCCAGAGUCAGCUCUGUGGCUGACGGUGGGCAAAUUUCUAUUAGUAAUGAUUAUUUGAAAGAGUUGCACAAACUUCUUGAGAUUCAUGAAAAGAGCAAGAACGGGGAGAAAACCAUCAAGGAAGCGUACGGAGACGUUCAAGUGGGGAUGAUUUUGGAAAAUGAAAUGGAUACCCUUGACACCAUUGGGUACGUGAUCAAAGAAAUUGGGGAAAAGAAGUUGAAAGGGCUUGAAACCCCGGAAUUCAUUUCGUUAGUUUUCCCUAGUAAAUUACAAGAACGGGCCAAUUUCAUGCUUACCGAAGGUGGAGCCCAAGACGUCGAUGCCAUGAGCCGUCAUAGUAGUGGAAUCUUGGGAGGAUUAAUCAGCCAGCAAAGUUUGUGUCAAUUGGAGAUGUACGCCAUCAAAUUGGAACAUAUUUGCUCCAUCAUCACCGCGGGGACCACGUUGAAUGUGGAUAUUUUGGCAAAAUCCAAGCAAGCGGAAGAGGAAUUAUUGCGAAAGAUUCGGAACCCGAACAUCACCACCGAACAAGAUCAUUUGAUGUUGUUGGAUAAUGUGGUGACGAGAAUUGAGAACGCCACGUCGAUGAUCAAGUUCCACCAAGUGUUGACCCAAGCUAUUGGUGAGAAAAACGAGGAAAAUGCCUCGGUUUACAUCGCAUUGGCAGAGUUAAAAGUCCAUGAUAUGGUGAAAGCUUUAAAAAAUUAA